CGCCAUUACCGUAAUCCGGUUUAUAUAAAUAAAAUCCAAUUUUAAUCUGAGAUCUCUCUGGCUGGCUUUCCUUCCCUCUCUAUCUUUUGCAAAUUGGGCAUUUCAUUUCAUUUUUGGAUCUGAAUAAGAAGAAUUUAGAUCUAAAAUUUACUUGAAGGAUUGAAUCCGAAAAUGAACAAUGGGGAUUUAGAAGGCGGCGGGGACGAAGGCUUCCAUGGAGGCGGCCGCAAGUACAGGCCCGUCGUGGCGCACGAUCGCGCUGUUCUCGAGAUGUCCUCCAUGGAUCCUGGAUCUUCUUCCUCCGGUUCCCAAUCUUCUAUCAGGAAAAUAAAAGUGGUAACGCAGGGGAACUCGGAUUCUGAUGGAAGGGAAGGUUCGAUUCCUGAGAAUGGUGGGGCCAAUGGUCCUCACAGGGAAAAUAAAUUGGAAUUGUUUGGUUUUGAUUCUCUCGUCAAUAUUCUUGGUCUCAAAAGUAUGACAGGAGAGCAAAUCCCGGCACCUUCUAGCCCAAGAGAUGGUGAAGAGGUUUCGAUCACCAAUGGGCAUCCAAAGCCCUCUGAUGUCAAAAUGGGUACAAUGAUGGGGGUAUUUGUCCCAUGCUUGCAAAAUAUUUUGGGUAUUAUCUACUAUAUCCGGUUUUCUUGGAUUGUUGGCAUGGGUGGCAUUGGCGAAUCACUGCUUCUGGUAUCGUUUUGUGGUCUGUGUACUUUCUUGACAGGAAUAUCAUUGAGUGCAAUUGCAACUAAUGGUGCAAUGAAGGGUGGUGGUCCAUAUUAUCUCAUUGGUCGUGCCCUUGGUCCCGAGGUUGGAGUUAGCAUUGGACUAUGUUUCUUCCUUGGCAAUGCAGUGGCAGGAGCGCUUUAUGUGUUGGGAGCUGUAGAAACCUUUCUAAAAGCUCUUCCUUCUGCUGGGAUUUUUACUGAGACCACUACAAAGGUGAAUGGCACGGUAUCAGAACCAAUACAGAGUAUAAGUACACAUGACUUGCAAAUUUAUGGGAUUGUCGUGACUAUCAUCCUAUGCUUUAUUGUGUUUGGUGGGGUGAAAAUGAUCAAUCGGGUUGCCCCUGCUUUCCUUGUACCUGUUUUAUUCUCGGUAUUCUGCAUAUUUAUUGGGAUCUUUUUGGCAAAGAAGGAUGACCCUCAACCUGGAAUUACGGGCUUGAGUUUGGAAAGCUUUAAAGAUAACUGGAGUUCAGAUUAUCAGAAUACAAACAAUGCUGGUAUCCCUGACACUGAAGGAAAGGUGCACUGGGACUUUAAUGCAUUGGUUGGUCUCUUUUUCCCAGCUGUAACAGGAAUCAUGGCCGGUUCAAAUCGAUCAGCCUCACUUAAAGAUACUCAGCGUUCGAUCCCCAUUGGGACAUUGGCUGCCACACUUACUACUACUGCGCUUUAUAUUGUUUCUGUCUUACUUUUUGGAGCUGUUGCCACCAGAGAUAAGCUUUUGACUGACAGGCUUCUUACUGCUACAAUUGCUUGGCCUUUCCCAGCUAUCAUUCAUAUUGGAAUUAUUCUUUCAACUUUAGGUGCAGCACUUCAAAGCCUGACUGGUGCCCCUCGUCUUCUUGCAGCAAUAGCCAAUGAUGAUAUUCUUCCUGUUCUCAAUUACUUCAAAGUUGCAGAUGGUAGUGAGCCUUAUAUCGCUACCCUCUUUACUUCUUUCAUCUGUAUGGGGUGUGUCAUCAUUGGGAAUCUGGAUCUUAUCACACCAACUAUAACUAUGUUUUUCCUUCUAUGUUAUUCGGGUGUGAACUUGUCUUGCUUCCUUCUGGAUCUUCUAGAUGCUCCCAGUUGGCGUCCUCGGUGGAAAUUUCACCACUGGAGCCUCUCUCUCCUUGGAGCAUCACUGUGUAUAGUGAUAAUGUUCUUGAUCUCGUGGUCAUUCACUGUAGUGUCUCUGGCCCUCACCAGCCUCAUAUAUUAUUAUGUGAGCAUUAAAGGAAAGGCUGGGGACUGGGGGGACGGUUUCAAAAGUGCAUAUUUUCAACUAGCCCUUCGCAGCCUUAGAUCUCUGGGAGCAAACCAAGUUCAUCCAAAGAACUGGUAUCCCAUUCCUCUUGUAUUCUGUCGGCCUUGGGGUAAGCUGCCAGAAAAUGUACCUUGCCAUCCAAAACUUGCUGACUUUGCCAACUGCAUGAAGAAGAAAGGCCGUGGAAUGUCCAUAUUUGUCAAUAUACUAGAUGGGGACUACCAUGAACGUGCUGAAGAUGCCAAGGCUGCCUGCAAGCAACUUGAUACCUACAUUAACUACAAGAACUGUGAAGGUGUUGCAGAAAUAGUGGUAGCACCUAAUAUGACUGAAGGCUUCCGUGGAAUUGUGCAGACCAUGGGUCUUGGCAACCUCAAGCCCAAUAUUGUAGUGAUGCGGUACCCAGAAAUAUGGCGUCGUGAGAACCUAAAUGAAAUCCCAACCAGAUUUGUCGGUAUAAUUAAUGACUGUAUUGUUGCAAAUAAGGCAGUUGUCAUUGUCAAGGGCCUCGAUGAAUGGCCCAAUGAGUAUCAAAGGCAAUAUGGUACCAUUGAUUUGUAUUGGAUUGUGAGAGAUGGCGGUCUCAUGCUUCUUUUGUCACAGCUUCUUCUUACUAAAGAGAGCUUUGAGAGCUGUAAGAUUCAGGUCUUCUGCAUUGCAGAGGAAGAUGCAGAUGCAGAGGGUCUCAAGGCUGAUGUGAAGAAGUUUUUGUAUGAUCUUCGGAUGCAAGCUGAGGUGAUUGUUAUAACAAUUAAGUCUUGGGAUGUGCAACCAGAGGGUGGCUCUCAGCAAGAUGAGUCGCUGGAGGCAUUUAGUGCUGCUCAGCAGCGGGUAGCUGGUUACUUAUCGGAAAUAAAGGAAGCAGCGAAGAAAGAAGGGACCCCUUUGAUGGCUGACGGAAAGCCUGUAGUUGUGAAUGAGCAACAAGUGGAGAAGUUUCUCUAUACCACUCUGAAGCUGAAUUCAACGAUAUUAAGAUAUUCUCGAAUGGCUGCAGUUGUGCUUGUAAGCUUACCCCCACCUCCUGUCAGCCACCCAGCUUACUGCUACAUGGAGUACAUGGAUUUGUUGGUAGAAAAUGUGCCGAGGCUUUUGAUUGUAAGAGGAUACCGUAGAGAUGUUGUAACUUUAUUCACAUAGUCUUCCGAUGAUUGAAUCAUGACUGUAAUUUUGGUACUGUUCAUAUAGGUUUUUUCCCCGAAUUUCUUGUAGUCAAAGUGUUACAUUCAUUCUUUUCAGCCAUUUUGAUUCAUGGCAUUUUUUUAAUUCAUUUAAUAGGUUUUUUCCCCCUCUGAAAAGAAAAAGAAAUUUUGCAGAAGUAUUCCUUUUGGGUUGA